AUGCCCUCCGACAAAGUGGAAAAGAAGCGCAAGCGCGCCUCGGAUCUUAAUGAGCGACCCAGCAAGAAGCCCGCUCUCGGGCUGCAUGACCUGCCUCCACUCGCCGCCAGCGUCGUGAACGACGACAGCGAGCUGGCUCCCGUCCUCAUCACUACCCCCGGUGUCAAUGCUCCCCGAAACAUCAGCCUCAAGCCCUACCUCAAAAGCCGCCCCGAUGGCUCCGGCAACUCGACCCGCAACAAGGGCAUUACGUCGAGCGAACUGCUGCUGCAGACCUCCGAACACCCGAAGAUGGACUUCGUGGGCCGCGAGGGCAACGAGGACGCCGAUUCACAGGUCAAGCACUACGUCGCGGUGAUUGAUCCCCAAAAGCAGACCUGGCAGUUCAUCGAGGCCCGCAAGGUGACUCUGCGCGGUGCCGUGCGGUCGACGAAACCUGUGGCCGAGGAAGAGGAGGAGAGCGAGGAUGAAGAUAUGAAAACCAUGCGUGCCCAGCGCACCGAACUCACCAACACCUUCGGUACCAAACAAUCCCGCAAGGCCGCGCAGUCCCUGUCCGAAAACGCCCAGUUGUCCAACGUCCCCGCCGGCGCUUCCUCCGCCGCGGAGUCCGCCAUGCUCGCCGCCAUGCCGGCCGAAUCCGCCGCCGACCUCGCCUCGAAGACGGCCGCCGUGCAGGCCCAGAUCCAGGCCGCCAAGCCUUUGCCCCAGGCCAACCUGGACGCCUCGCACCCUUCGGACGUGUAUCCCAUCGAGAACCUCGUCCCAGGCGGCAUGGCCACCCUGCGCCAACUGCCCAGCGUCAAGGAGUGGCAGGACACAGUGGCCGCGGGACUCAGCGUGGUCACGACCUCUCGGUACGUGUCGCGCCGUCUCGACGCCGUCGUCGCCUCCGGAAAUGUCGCCCAGAUCCAGGUCCUGCGCUUCAUCUUCCUCCUGCUGGAAUUCGCCCGCUCGCUGCGCUCCGGCCGCGACCCCAAGGGUUCCGGCGGCCCGGGAGGCAAACGACUCCCUUCGCGAGAAGAUCUCCGCCGCAUCCUCUCCUCCUCGACCGGUGCCUCCUCCAACGACCCUUCCAAAUCCUCCUCCACAUCCUCCGGCGAAACCAUCCCCGACUCAAUCAUCGACGCCGUCCGCCGCAAAUUCGCCCCGCAAGGCUCUUCUCUCUCCAAAAACGACCUCACCCUACUCCACACCACCAUCUGCGCCUUGUCCCUGCACAUCCCCCCUCAACCCGCGAAAGACGGCGGCUCCAGCUCGCAGGGCGGCAACUCUCCCAACGAACUGGCCACCGACCCGUCCGAUCUGCGCGACGACCUCCGUGUCGACAGUCCCACGAUCAUGCAGUAUUUCCGUGAGUUAGGAUGUCGGGUUGAUAAGCCGCGCGAGACCGAGUUCGCGAAGUGGAAUAUCAAGGGUGGGAAGGCCGAGGCGGCGGCGAGACGUGUUGCGAGACUGAAGGUGCCUGUCGAGUUUCCGAGGGUGUCGAGAGGUGGUGGCAGGAGGUAG